AUGCCAUGCCAUGUCGUCGGUUGGAUUCUAGUGUUUCUUUCUGAUAUCCCUGCCCGCGUCACCGCAUUAGCGAGAGACCGGAAAACAAGCGCGCUCCUCUCACCGUUGCCUUCUCCUUUGUUUUCUCUCGCUCUCUCUCUCCCCCCUUGUCUCAGUAAAGUUUAUUUCUUUCUCUCUCUUCGCCUCGUCUGCCCUGAGAGAAGAAUGCCGAAGAGGACGACGCACACGUACUCGAGUGAGGACGCGGCACCCGAUGGUCCCGAGUCCGAUCUCUUCGUCUACUACUGCAAACACUGUAGCUCCCACGUCCUUAUUACUGAUACCCAGUUACAGAAGCUGCCAAAACGUAAGACUGAUAAGGCCAAUGUACUGGACAAGAUGAAGCAUCUUGCUAGAUUGAAUGUUAAGGAAGCAGGCAAAGUUCUUCUUAAACGUGGUGAGGGAAAACUUGAAAAGCAAUUCCGCAUGUCUUGUGUGGGUUGUGAACUUCUGGUUUGCUACCGAUCAGAAGAGGAUUUGGAGCUUGCUUCUUUAAUUUAUAUCGUUGAUGGCGCACUUAGUUCAGUAGCAGCAGAAACAAACCCACAGGAUGCUCCCGUUCCUCCUUGCAUAUCACAGUUGGAAGGUGGUCUCGUCCAAGUUGCAAUUGAAGUAGAAGAUCGUGCACAACGUUCUGCUAUUACAAGAGUGAAUGCAGAUGAUGUUCGAGUUACUGUAGCUGCACCUGUCGCCCAUGGUGAAGCUAACAAUGAGUUGUUGGAAUUCAUGGGCAAGGUUUUAGGGUUGCGAUUAAGCCAAAUGACCCUUCAGAGAGGAUGGAACAAUAAAUCAAAGUUACUUGUGGUUGAAGAUUUAACAGCAAGACAAGUAUAUGAGAAGCUUUUGGAGUCUGUGCAACCCUAACACUAUCUUAUAGCUUCAUCAUCAUCGCUGGAAGAAACUGUCACUGAUCUGAUAGCAUGCUUGUUAAACACUUUCUGUUACAAUGCAUAUAAUUUAUUUUUGUGAGAUAACUUUCUUUUCAGAAGAUUUCUCGAGUCUACUGUGGUUCUGAUUAGAUCUCUCAGGUACCUAAACUUUUAUAUUUUUAUAUUUUGAACUGUUGCUAAGGCACUUAGAUGUUCAUUCUCUUGGAUACCAAUUGAAGUGAGAUCUUUAUAUAGAUAUCAGGUAUUUUUGGGGGGAAA